UUUAUCAACGAAGCGCGACGACAUCAGACAGUUACGUCAGCAAACGUCGUGUUAGCUAGCUGUAAAGCAGAAUUUAAAAUUCUUUACCCACAAGUUAACGAAAAAGUUUUCAUCAUUCCUCAUUCAACGCUUAGUGAUCACUUCUUGCAGCCUUACGACGACCCAAGGCAACGUUGGGAUCAAACCAGCGAACGUUAUUUAGGCACAAUAGCGCAGGACAGGAUCGUGAAAUCAAGCACCAUUGAGGGAGGCAGCAGCACCGGUGACACCAGUAUUGGCGGCAGCGGUUUACACCUUGCAAUAACGGCUCAUCAAACUGAUACUGAGCGUUUUAACGACAAUUCGUGUAACCGAGGAGGAGGAGGCGGCGGCGUUAGCGUCAGCUGCGGCGGCCAAACCCCGCCCACACCAACGGUCGGAAAAACACUGUUAAAUACAAGUCCCAAUCUUUUGCCGAUUACCACUGCGUCGGAUACUUUUAACAAUUUGAAAAAUUUAGUCAAGAUUGAUAAGGGUUCCAGUCCAACAAACGGUAACACCAAUAGUGGUGGUAGUAGUUAUCGCCCAAAAGGCAAUAACGUUGGUGGUUAUAAAAAUAACAGUAACCUUGCCCAUACAAUCGGUGUUUCUCCAACAUCUGCCGACGAACGUGGUCUAAUUUCCGGUAACGGCAGCGGUUCAUCUGGUUCGGGUAUCGUUGCUGGGGGGCGUGCUGGAGCAGGAAGCUCUUCGGGAUAUAUUAGUUCAACUUAUAACAGGAAUUCCGCCAAAAUUCGUCAAUACGAUUCGGACGUAAGCCCACGACCUCGACGAACUUACCAGGGUGACUCGUCGUCGUCGCGUUACUAUAACAAGAAUAGUGACACUUUGGGACAGGGCCCCAAAUCAGUUGGUACUAGCGGUAACGGCACUCUAAGUGGUGCUGGUAUCGGACGUGCUAUCAUAGGUAACGAAGGUAAUAGCGGACGCGGCUCAUACAACGCCGACGGAAGCAAUAACAGACGUUAUAACAAUCAAUCGACAGAUGGCGGCUACAAUAGUGCUAAUCGUAAUAUAAACUCAACCGGUGGCGGAGGCAACAGCUAUCGCCAGCAGCAGGCCAACCGUUACGAGAACAGCAAUGGGCAACAGCGGUCUUAUGGCAAUUCCACAAAUGCCAACUACAACAGUAAUUAUUCAAAUAAACAAGGCUAUGGCUCACGUUCUGGCUACAAUGAUGGAAAUGUAAAUGCGCGAUCAAAUCACCGUGAAGACUACGGUAGCAACAACUAUCGAGAGUACGACGACACACCACGUUCACGUUAUAAUACUGGAAAUAACAGCAAUUCUAAUAGUCUUGAACGCAGCAACAACGGGCGAUACAAGCCCUCUGAGCAGGGUAACGGAAACGGCCAUAUUCCGUCUGCCUUAAGACAAGGCGGUAUUUCAAUAGAGGAUCGUUACGAUCGUGCUUCUAGUUCGGCUGAAGUCGGUCGAGCUUAUAGCAAUCGCACUCCACCAAUUCGUGGCGGAAAUGCAUCUGGCACCGGUUCAGUACCAGGUGCACAACACUCUUCAACACCAACUUCGAUAAAUUCAGCGUCAUCGUCGUCACGUGGCAUAUCACCCAACUCAGCUGGCGCCACAGCCGGAGCACAGCACAUUUCACCAUCACCCACGCCACCACCUCCAUCUGCAGGUCGCUGGGUGCCACCAUCUUUGCGUCCACAACAUGGACUCAGUCAGACCGAAAAGAACGAUGCUGUCUUCAGAAAGGUUAGUUCGCGGUAUCCUUAA